CUGCUUUAUUCCAGGCGGCAGGGCAUCUCUGGCGGGGCAGAUGCCAGGGAUGCUGCUGCUGCUGGCGGCCGCCCCGGGUGCCGGGCUGUAGGCUGUGGAAGGAUCCAUAAUCUGCAUGGAGGAGGGGGAAGAUGCUCUCACAGGGCGUUUGAGAAGAAUGAGGAUCUGUCGUACAUCUGGUAACGCUUAUAGUCCUCUGUCCAUACGCUUGAAGAGACCCACCGCCUGCCGUGUCCACCGCUAUGCCACGUGACCUCCAGGCAGUGACGUAGCUGUUGUGCCAAGUCCUGACUCUCCAGCCAUAGGAAUGCCACCGCCCAGGAGCAGCGCAUGGAGCUUCGGGAAGAACGCUGGCAGGAGGACCUUGUGCAGCUUGCUUGUGGCCUUGAUGAUAACUGGAUUGGUGGUUGCAUCGUAUGCACUUUCUGGAGGGAGAUCAGAUCUGAUCCAGGUGCUUUCCGCAUCCUUCUCAAGAGACUUCACUCUCGCCUCCAACCAGUCUGGUACAGAAAGACCAAAGGAGGCUUCCCAAGCCAUCAAGGGGUGUGCCAUAAACAUCACCUACACCACCUCAAACCUGGAGACUUCCUAUCUGGAUAAAGGAGAGAUUCAUCUAACAUCACGGCGGAUUCCCACUAUAGCGGAACUGGAGCAGUAUGAGCCUCAUCUAUUCUCUGUAAUACCGCAUCAGUUCCUCCACUUGUGCCGCAGCCCGUGCUGGUACCAGAAGUACGAUGGAAAUAAUAACAGCGAUCCCUAUGGGACCAACGCCUACUCCUUGUACGCCAAGCGAUUGCACAACAUAUUUGAGAAGAUGAGACAAGGGUUCUGGUCGCGGCUUGCAUUAAGAGAAGGUCGUUACUACAGGUUGCGGUGUUUGCCUCACUUUUACAUUAUUGGGCAGCCCAAGUGCGGCACUACUGACGUCUACGACCGCUUACGCCUCCACCCCAACGUCCAAUUCUCUGUCAUCAAGGAGCCGCACUGGUGGACACGGAAGCGUUUUGGGAUUGUGAGAUUAAAGGAACCUUUCCUUAAGCCAUUCCCAUUGGAAGAUUAUCUGGACCUUUUUGAUGUGGCAGGCCAAAAAAUCCAAGAUUUUCACCAUGAAGACGCCCUUUUAGAUUCUGGGCGGAUGAAUCAGAUCCUCACAGGAGAAGCCAGUGCGUCUACCAUGUGGGACAACAGUCCUUGGUCUUACUUCUAUGACAACGUCACCAACACGGAGCCCCCAGUGCUGAUCCAGGACUUCAUCCAUGCUUUCCAGCCAAGGGCCAAGUUCAUUGUCAUGCUGCGGAACCCUGUGGAAAGGCUCUACUCUGAUUAUUUGUACUUUGCUAUUUCGAACAAGUCAGCGGAGGAUUUUAACGACAAAGUGAACGAGUCUCUGCAGAUGUUUGAGAGCUGCCUUCAAGCUUCCUCCCUGCGCUCCUGCGCUUACAAUACCACCUUCAGCAACACGCUGCCGGUUCGUCUUCAGGUCGGACUCUAUGUGGUAUAUUUAUGGGACUGGUUGUCUGUGUUUGAUCUGGAUCAGUUUCUCAUACUCCGCCUGGAAGAUCACGCAGCGAAUAUCACCCAGAGCAUGAGGCUGGUGUACGGAUUCCUGAAUCUAGGGCCCUUGAGUGUAAAACAGGAAGCCUCUGUAACCCAGAAGCAAGCCUCAAACAGCCGUCGCCCUGAAGACUGCAGCCUGGGUCCUAUGCUUCCUCACACCAGACAGAUUCUGAUUGAUUUCUAUCAGCCCUACAACCAGAAGUUGGCGCAAAUGCUUGCAGACAGAGCUUUUUUGUGGGAGACGUAGCAAGAAAAUCGAGUAAAAAACUGCGCUCUUGAAUUUUGUUUUCUAUGCUGCAUGACCGGCUGCACGUAUAGGGAAGCUCUGACAUCUAGUGGCCUGAUGUGGACAUUGCAUGCAUCAGACAUUAGCCAGGGUCAAGGGCCCUCUAGUGUUAACAUGCUGGAAUUGCAGUCAAAGGAAUGUGCCAAAAAUUGCCAAUACGGACGAACACUGAUGUAACGGCUCGUGUGCUGCAUCAGUCCACGUAUUUUAUGAACUCAUGUUAAGCAUAAAUGGACUGUUUUCCAUGAAAUAAAGUGCACUGAAUGCAACAAGGACCUAAUAAAGCUGCACAUGUCAGAAAGGGCUCGUCUUAUGACCGGAUAAAGCUGUUCUUAACGCACAGAAACCUAUUUUUUGGUAUGCUUCACAUGCAAAUAAAUUAAUAUUUAAUUC